UUAACGAAUUUGAGUUUUAGUCCCUAAAAAAAAAAAUUCUUUUAAUUUGCCCUUGUAAUUUCAUAUUACUUUUGUUUUAAUACUCAAUGUGGCAAUGUCACACAAAAAUGCUGACAUGGUCAUAAUCUGCUCACCGGACCACUGCCACAUGUUUAGGGGGCGCUGACUUGACAAAUUAUAGGGAUAAAAACCAAAAUCCACUCAAAUUACAUGGUCGAAAAACAAAAUAACCCCUAAAAAGACAAUUUUUUUUUAUAAAAAAGAAACUUAUAGUAUUAUUCUGGAAAAAUCUUACAAUCUCUUCUUCACCAUAUGAUUUUAAUAAAAACUUACACUGACAUAAGAAAAACAUUAAAUUGAUUUGCUAAUUUUAGUUUAACUGUAGAGCCAAAGUGCAUAAAAUGAUGGUGUCCUUCAUUCUAAUUAAGAUACACAUAUACCGAGUCAAGCAAAAAUCUACAUGAUAUGAAACAUGAUCUCAAUUCACACAUAAACAAUGAGAAUAUGGACGAAUUUGAUCCCAUGUCCCACAUGGCACAUAAAAAAAUAAAAGUAAUCAGUCAAUAAAAAAAAAAAAAAGGUAGUUUUAAUUAGCCAUGACGUCUUUCUACUUAAAGGGAUUCUCCCCAAAUGAAAAAGUUGGAAAAAGAUAAUUUCAGAUUUGAAACUUUAUUUCGUAAUGGCGAACACCAUUCAAAUAAAUAAACUCAUAGGGUCCCCUCUUGCCCCCAAAGCAACCCAUAUACUAAUGUUCUUGGACCAACUAAUCAAUCACAAAUAGUCAUUAUCUCUUUUUUUCAUACCAAAUAUUACUUUAGUUGAAUUGAAUCUUCACAAAUAGUCAUUUUCCUUUUUGUUUCACGUGCACAGUACCCUUUCCUUUUCUCUAUUCCCCAUGCAAUCCUCAUACCACAAAGCAAAUAAUAAAAGAUUUUCUUUUGCUGCCUAUCUACUUCUCGCGCGCCCUAUGCGUUUUUAUUUUUACCCUUCCGUUAUUUAAAUAGCGGAUGUUGUAAAAAUGAGAAAUUUUUGAGAAAUUUUGUAAAUGCCGUCUGCUAUUUAAGUAGCAGACGUUAUAAAAAAAAAUAAAAAAAUUGGUAGGGUGUCUUUUGGGGUAUCUGCUACCUAAGUAGCGGACAGAGAUAUUUUGGUAAAUUCGUAGGAGGCGCGAUAAAAUUGGUAGCAUGGCAAAAGAAAUUCUAUCAGUAAUACUUAAAACUUUAUUUUACACUGACAGCAUUGCCUUUGUCUAGUGUAGUUACAAUUGUCCCUCUUCCUUGUUCUCUCCAAGUUCCAAUGGAGAUUUUCAAAUUCUUCUACUUCAUUAAUCUUCUCUCUGCUUUCAUCUUAACACCGUCUUUAGCAAUUGAUCCUUAUUCACAAGCACUCUUAAGUCUAAAAUCUGAGCUUAUAGAUUAUGAUAAUAGCUUGCAUGACUGGGUGGUGGCAUCAUCAAGUGGAAGUUCCUAUGCAUGUUCUUGGUCUGGCAUCAAGUGUAACAAGGACUCAAUUGUAACUUCAAUAGACCUUUCCAUGAAGAAACUAGGAGGUAUACUAUCAGGUAACCAAUUAAGUGUCUUCACAAAUGUUACUGAUUUCAACAUAAGUUAUAAUUUCUUCUCUGGGAAUCUUCCACCAGAAAUUUUCAACCUCACAAGCUUAAAAAGCUUGGAUAUAAGCAGAAACAAUUUCUCAGGUCAAUUCCCAAAAGGAAUUCCUAAACUCAAAAAUUUGGUUGUACUUGAUGCCUUUAGCAACAGCUUUUCAGGUCAAUUACCUGCUGAAUUUUCAGAAUUGGAGUAUCUUAAGAUUCUCAACCUAGCUGGUAGUUACUUCAGAGGAACAAUUCCAUCUGAAUAUGGUUCUUUCAGAAGCCUUGAGUUUCUUCAUUUAGCUGGAAAUUCUCUAUCUGGAAGUAUACCUCCAGAACUUGGUAACCUCAAAACAGUGACACAUAUGGAGAUUGGCUACAACUUUUAUCAGGGUUUCAUUCCACCUCAACUAGGUAAUUUGAGCCAGCUUCGUUAUCUCGACAUAGCUGGUGCAAAUCUAUCUGGACCAAUUCCAAAGGAAUUUUCCAACCUCACAAGUUUGCAAUCACUUUUUCUAUUCAGAAACCAACUCACAGGAUCAAUACCAAGUGACUUCAGCAAUAUUAAACCUCUCACAAAUUUAGAUCUCUCUGAUAAUUUCCUUUCAGGGUCAAUUCCUGAAAGCUUUUCAGAGCUGAAAAGCUUAAGACUACUUAGUCUCAUGUAUAAUGACAUGAGUGGAACUGUCCCUGAUGGGAUUGCAGAACUAAGAUCCUUGGAAACUUUACUCAUUUGGAACAAUCACUUCUCUGGAUUACUCCCCAAGAGUUUAGGUAAAAACUCCAAACUCAAGUGGGUGGAUGUCUCCACAAACAAAUUCAAUGGCAGCAUACCAGAAGACAUUUGUCUAGGUGGAGUACUGGUGAAGCUAAUCAUGUUUUCAAACAAAUUCACAGGUAGUCUUUUCUCGAUCUCGAAUUGUUCUUCCCUUGUUCGACUUCGCCUGGAAGAUAAUUCAUUCUCAGAUGAAGUCCCUUUAAAAUUCAGCUAUCUUCCUGAUAUCACAUAUGUUGAUUUGUCAUUGAACAAAUUUGUUGGUGGGAUUCCCUUGGAUAUUUCUCAAGCUACUCAAUUGGAGUAUUUUAAUGUCUCUUAUAAUAAGCAAUUAGGAGGCAUCAUCCCUACAUUAAUAUGGUCUUUGCCAAAACUUCAAAAUUUCUCAGCAUCUUCUUGUGGUAUUUUAGGCAUUCUUCCUUCAUUUGACUCCUGCAAAUCAAUUUCAACAAUUGAUCUUGGUAGAAACAACUUAUCUGGAACAAUCCCAAAAAGUGUUUCGAAAUGUCAAGCUCUUGUGACAAUCGAAUUGCCUGACAAUAAUAUGACGGGUCAAAUACCUGACGAGCUUGCAAGUAUCCCUAUUCUUGAAAUUGUAGAUUUAUCUAAUAACAAGUUCAAUGGCCCCAUACCUGAAAAGUUUGGUAGUUCAUCAAGUUUACAUCUUCUCAAUGUGUCUUUCAACAAUAUCUCAGGUUCAAUACCAAAUGCAAAGACAUUUAAAUUGAUGAAUAACAGUGCAUUUGUUGGAAACUCGGAGCUAUGCGGAGCUCCUCUAAGACCAUGUUUUGAGAGAGUAGGAAUAUUCAGUAGCAAAGGAACUCAGAAGCUUACGCAUAUUUUGUUACUCUCUGUAGGGUUGCUAAUAAUCCUUCUGGUAUUGGCUUUUGGAAUACUUCAUUUCAGAAAGGGAUUUAAAAGUCAAUGGAAAAUGGUUUCAUUUGUUGGACUUCCUCAAUUCACAGCGAACGAUGUCUUGAUAAGCUUCAAUGUUGUUGCAACCGAACAUACGCAUAUUCCAUCACCAUCAACCGUAGUUACGAAAGCAGUUCUUCCAACAGGUAUAACAGUAUUAGUCAAGAAGAUUGAAUGGGAAAAUAGGAGCAUUAAUGGUGUGUCGGAAUUUAUAAUGAGACUAGGAAAUGCAAGGCACAAGAAUUUAAUCAGAUUAUUGGGCUUUUGCCAUAACCAGCAACUAGUUUACCUUUUGUAUGAUUACUUACCGAAUGGAAACUUGGCUGAGAAAAUUGGAAUGAAAUGGGAUUGGGCAGCUAAAUUCAAAACAGUGGUUGGAAUUGCAAGGGGACUGUGCUUUCUUCAUCAUGAAUGUUACCCGGCUAUACCACAUGGAGACUUGAAAUCUAGCAACAUUGUAUUCGAUGAAAAUAUGGAACCCCAUUUAGCUGAAUUUGGGUUUAAACAAGUCUUACAGUUGAGCAAUGGCGCAUCUCCAACUAAAACUAUGCAGGAAACAGAAUACAAUGAAGUAAUGACAGAGGAACUCAGCAAUGAUGUCUACAAUUUUGGGAAGAUGAUUCUAGAAAUUUUAACUGGCGGAAAGUUGACAAAUGCAGCAGCCAACAUUCACAGCAAUUCACAGGAGGUUCUUCUAAGAGAAGUUUACAAUGGUAAUGAAGCGACCUCUGUCGGUUCAAUGCAAGAGAUUAAACUGGUUAUUGAGGUUGCUAUGCUUUGCACUAAAAGCAGAUCAUCCGAUCGUCCAUUCAUGGAAGAUGUUUAUAAUUUGCUUACUAACAAGUUUGCAAAUGUGUAAUUACAUGAGUUUGUAGCUUGUUGUUGGGUUUCAACUAUGGGUGGUUAAGUCCUACAUCGACUAUGUGUGGGAAGAAUGUUGAAUUUAUAAGAGAGGCGACUCAUUAAACUAACAGGGUUGGGAUGUGGCGUCUCCCUCUCUUGUGGUCCUAGAGCAUUGGCCUAUUGUUUCUCCCGAGCUCCCCCGGACUCCCCAACACUUGUAUAGUACAUAUUUCCAUUGUUUUAGUGUGCCAUAUAAUCAUGUGUAAUUACAUGAGUUUGUAGCUUGUCCUAUUUUUGUGUGCUGAUUGGCUUGAGCAAUUACAUCAUUACAUCUUUGAACUCAACCAAAAAGAAUUGAGUUUUCAUUAACUUGUCAAACUACAGAACACAAUCAGAGCUGAAAAUUUUGUUUCA